GAGAAAAAUAACAAAGUCCCUUUUCUUGUCACCCUCAUCCUCGGCGUGUUCACUCUCAACUUUUCACUCAAAAAUGGGCAAACCCAGUUUCGGCGACCUCAAAACCGACAAAGGCGUGAAAGAACUGAACAGUUUCCUCGAAAGUCGCAGCUACAUUGAAGGUUACUCGCUCUCCCAAGCCGACUUGGACGCCUUCGGGAGGCUCCAAAAGGCCCCCGCUGCGAACCUCCCCCACGCCUUGCGUUGGUACACCCAUGUCAAGUCUUUCACUCCAGCCGAAUUGAAGUCGUUGGGGGUUUCGGGGGCGUGCCCCAUGAAGACCGCCGCUCCGACCACCAAGGAUGACGACGAUGAUGUCGAUUUGUUCGCGUCUGAUGAGGAGGAGGACGCGGAAGCGGCCAAAAUCAGGGAGGAGCGUUUGAAGGCCUACGCCGAGAAGAAGUCCAAAAAACCGGAACUUAUCGCCAAGUCUAGUAUUGUGCUAGAUGUCAAGCCGUGGGAUGAUGAGACCGAUAUGAAGGAGAUGGAGAAGAAUGUGCGGACUAUUGAAAUGGACGGCUUGGUGUGGGGGGCCUCAAAACUGGUACCAGUGGGGUACGGAAUCAACAAAUUGCAAAUUAUGUGCGUGGUUGAGGAUUUGAAGGUCUCGGUGGAUGAAUUGGUCGAGAAGAUUGAGGAGUUUGAGGAUUUCGUCCAGUCGGUCGAUAUCGCAGCCUUCAAUAAGAUUUAAAUGUCAUUUUUCAACUUGAAUAAAUGUUUAUUGAUAA